AAAGUCAUUUGACAUUCAGUUUUCAACACUUUAGUGUAUGACUGCGACGUCAUAUUUGUGUUUAUAAAACUAAUUUUAUGCAAUAGGAAAUAGGAAAUCCUAUUAAACUGCAUAUUGUGCAUAGUUCUAACAGCUCAAUAUAAAUUUGUAGAGAUGAGUGGUCCCAACCCUCCUUGUGACUGGCAAAUUAGCCGGAAACUGGUAAAAGAAAGGGGUCAGUACUUGCUUGAGACUGGAAUAUGGAGUGAUUGUCGGUUUAUUGUUGGUUCCGAACCCAAUCAGCAAGUUUUAGAGGGCCACAAAUUGUUCCUCGCAAUGUCCAGUCCAGUAUUCGAGGCAAUGUUUUUUGGGGGCAUGGCCGAGAAAGAUCCAAUUGCUAUUUUAGACGUGCAGCCCGAUGCUUUCAAAGCUCUUCUUGAAUAUAUUUACACGGACAAAAUUAAUUUGACAUCAUUUGACCAAGCUUGCGAAUUAUGUUAUGGGGCUAAGAAGUACAUGCUGCCACACCUUUUAAAAGAAUGUACAACGUAUUUAUGGUCGGAUCUGUACCCAAAAAAUGCUUGUAGAGCUUACGAAUUUGCUAAAUUGUUUGAAGAACCGCAAUUGCUGACCAAAUGCAUUCGGAUUAUACGUGAUCAAACUGAGGAAGUAUUGGCCGAAACAAGUUUUGAAGACGUGGAACUCAGCACAAUUCUAACAAUUCUUGAUCAGGAUGUGCUAAAUGUCAAGUCUGAACUGGAUCUGUUUACAGCGGUUUGCAAAUACGCUGCAAAACAUAAUCAAACAUCAGGUGCGAAAGUACCUAGACUAGAUGAUGGGUUAGGAGGUGCAUCAGGAGAAAGAAGUAAUUCUAAUCAACCAACAAUUCGUACCGCUAUUAAAAAAAUUCGAUUUUUAACACUUACACCACAACAGUUUGCUGAAGGCCCUGGAAAAUCCUCGUUACUAAGCGAACCUGAUAAGUUCGCCAUUUUAAUGAAUAUUUGUUCACCGAGUGCUGGAACAAGUAUGCCCGAAGGUUUUUGUACACUGACGGAGCGCCGAUCGAAGCCACAUAAAUUGUAUUCCGAAACUGUGCCCAUGGAUACUUCGCGAACUUCAAUGAUUCAAUUUGCAUCUUUAAUAGCAGAAACUUUCAAGGAUUCUACUAAGAAGAUGAUCUGCAACCGCAUGUUGUUGAGAACGACUGAUUGCAUGAACACGAGCGUUUUAGAUUGUGCUGUAACAUUUUCGUGUGAUAAAAAUGUGUGCGUUUAUGGUGUAAAGGUUCCUGCUCAAAUUCCCACAGCAGAUGAGAGAUACGAUCCAUUCAGCAUGGUGUAUGGAGAACUGCUUUAUGCUCAUUUGCUUGAUGCUGAGGGCAGUCGACUUACUUACACCCACUUUACGAGUAGGGUGCAAUAUCACUCUCUUGUUGAGAUAUCAUUCAAUCGACCGAUAUACAUCCAAAAGAAUAAGAUGUAUAAAGUAGGAGUGGUGUUGAACAAAACAGGCUGUUAUCCAAUUGGAUCAUACCCGUAUCAAUCAACUUGCAACGGCGUUACGUUCACUUUCACACAAGGUCAAGGUGGAGAUUCUGUGCGAGAUGGGUUAAUUCGGUCAAUAAUUUUCGCAUUUCCACCAUCAAGUAAUCCCAACGCAAACCCAGAAAUUCCUGGUGAUCAUAAUAUUCAACCAAGUUUAAUGUAAUUAUUUAUUGUAAUGUUCCAUAAUGUGUGUUAUUAUAUUGGUUGACUCUAUUUGGCAUUCGCCAGAGGUUUCGUGGCGUAUUGUUAUUUUGUAUGCUAAUAAAGUCAUUGAGGAUGUAUUUGAA